AUGUAUGCUUGGAUCAAUCUCUUUAGAUUAUGUCGUAUAAUAUUUGUCAUCAUACCUCAAGCUCUUUGCAUAUUUUUUUCAGAAAAAUAUUAUGACAAAUAUGAAGAAGAGAAAGAAGAGCGGGAAAAUGAUGAACAUGGAAAAAGGUUUUUUAAUGAUGAAAGAUUCCGAUCAAAUUUGAAACCUCACGAAAUUGAAAAAAUUGAAAGUGGACAAACUCAAAAUUGGGAUUCAUCUUUGUUCUUUCGUGCUCUUCUCCGUUCCAGCCACUUUCUUUUAGCUGAUCAAAUUGGGCAAGCAUAUGAAAUUUCAUCAGAUUUCAUAAAAGCUACAGUAAGAUGUAACAAGAAUCUCACAAUUACUGUAGUUGAUGAAGCUGGGAAAGAAUUCACCAUUUCAUCAGAUUUAAUGACAGAUACAGAAGAAUGUAACCAGACUCUCACAAUUAAAGUAGAUGAUCAUAUUUUUUUUGACUGCCGCAAAAACUACACUAUAGCGAAAGUUAAGAAUGUUUCAUGUAAUCACCAAGAUAUUAUAAUUGAAUUUACUAAAAAAUUAACUUUAUCUCGAUCUUAUCCAAUUGAUACUUAUGUGUGCUCAAAAGAAUGGGAUGCUGUUAAUAAGUUAAAUGACAUUCGUAAUGCGUUUGCUCACUGUUCAUCAACUGGAAUUUCAAAAGAUCAGCUACAGAAUAUUGUUAAGGAUGUUCAGGAAUCAUACACACAAUUGAAAAUUCAUACGCAUCAUUUGCUAGGAGUCCUGGAUGCACCUAUUUUGGAAGCUCAUGUUGCAGAAGCAGAAAAGUUUAUGAAAGAAGCUGAAGUUGACAAACGCUUCCUGGAGUUUAUUGAUGGCAUUAAGAAAGGCGUACAUGAAAUUGAAAAUAAUGUGAAAGGUCAUCCUGAACUAAAUCUAAUUGCUUUUUUUUUGCGGCAGAAUUAUUAUGACUUAGUGGCAGAUGUACAACAAUCACUAAUUGAUCACGAAGUUAAUAUCGAAGUGAUUAAAAGAAUGAUCAAGGUAUAUUUGAAAGGAGAAACUGAAGAUUAUCUAAUGCAGAAGAAGUGUAUUGAUCUUUUGGAGAUUCAGGAUUUCAAUAGUUUGUUUGAUUUCCUAAUUGAUAAUCACUUCAUUGGUUACCUCAAUUAUAAUCUUUUGAAAAGAAUAUCAAAACGUAUUCCACAAGAUGUUAGCCUUAAGAAUCAAGUUAAUGACUAUGAAAAGACUUACGCUAAACUACUAAAUAAAAUUUCUUGUAAUGAUGCGAUACCUUUGUUUAAGGAAUGGUCCCACCUUUAUCCCAAUGCUCCUAUUGGUUUGCCUUGUAUCUCUUUUCGUCUUAGUUCCCCUUGGCCUUUUCAGCGCUUUUAUACCUGGGUCUCAACCUUUGGUAAAUUUUCAUGGUCAGAAUAUGCAUUUCUUAAACAAUUACGAAUGAACUGUGUCAUUGUCACUUAUGCUAUACUACCAUGUGUGCUUGAUGAUGUCAUGAAAGACCUCGAGAAUGAAGAAAUAUUGAAGAAGCUAAAGGAUGAAGGAGUUACUGUACAUGAAAUGCCAGUUAAUGAACUUAUUAAAGCCAUUCAAAAUACUUCUAUUGAUGAUGUUACCUGUUUGCUAAAGAAUGGUGCUGACCCUAAUCCCACCACCAUCUCAAUUACCAUCACAAUAUUAGGCAGGGACAAUCUAGAAAUUUUCAUUUGGGAGAAAUAUGUCUUGCCACACGUGGUAAGACGAGAUGCUAUGUGGGAAAAGUAA